UUUUGAACUUACUUUCAGUCUGUUAUUGCCUGUCGGUCUCACUUAUACGUGAUUUGCAUCACCACUGACUUUUCCCCUCCUUCUUUUUUUUUUAUUCUUCUUUUAUACCAUUCUUCCCCCUCUUUUUCUUUCUGCCAGUUUUCUUUACUUGGUCGACUUCUUCUGAUAGUCCACGCACAGUCUCUGUAUUCCUCUGUCCUUUAGCCGCUCAUUAUCAGCCUUUUCAAUUCAACCCACAGCAUAACACCAACAAAACAACCGAGAUGUCUUCUAGUUUCUACGGUCGCGUGGCUCCCAUCAAGAGAAAGCACGCAGUGGUUGCAAACCUAAAUUGCUUCUUCUGCAAUCACCUGCAGUUCGACCCCAAUUUUGAAGCGCUGCACGUAAGACAGUCCAUCUCCUCCCAGAGAACGAGAAUCGAGGGUGAGCCCGACGAUUACUUCGUCACUAUUCCUACUCGAUUCCUUCUCCGCGAUGGCUGGGAGCCCAGAAAUGACCAGGAGCUCCGGGACUGCCGGUAUUGCCAGUUCCUGCAUGACGCCCUCAACCUCUUCUUUUUAGAGCCCUCUAUGAAUUGGAUCAAAGAUGCCACGGGGAGCUGGGAUGGCCUCCUUUUGGUCCAUAUCCGAACAGGUUUCCCGCUCGUCCUCCAGUGCCAAAACGUCAUCGAAUUCAACAAGUUAUGGAUCCACCCACGAGCGGACAUUGAAGUCUUCUGUCACGACCGGAGCGCGUUAUCAGUCUGUGACUUUCCCAGCAUGUAUCUGGAGUUGCCAGAAACGGAAGAAAUGCUGGAAGACCGAGAGUGCGAAGACUUUAUGAAUUUCAACAUGCGAAACUGCGGGGGUGCACCCGACCGUAUGGACGAUUGUUAUGCCACCCCCAAUCGAUUGCUGCAUAUCAAUUGGUACGCCCAGGAGAUCAAGCUACAGCAGCUGCCGCCGGGCCCUCCGGGGGCGCCGGGGGCGCCAGAGAUGAUGGAGUAUGCGACUCUGAGCCAUUGUUGGUCAGAGACCGACCCAAACUUCCCAAGGCUCCUCAAGUCCAAUAUGCGGGAUUGGUUAGGCGGCAUUUGCCUUGACGACUUGCCACAAGCUAUCCAGGACGCCGCUCAAGUCGCCUACACAAACAAGGUUCACUAUCUCUGGAUAGAAUCUCUCUGCGUCAUUCAAGACGAUGAGGUGGAUCGUGUGCUGCAAAAGCCGUGCGUUGGUGCUUAUUUCAGAGACUCCGUCAUCACCAUUGUCGCGGCCUCUUCAGCCUCGCCCAAUGACUCGUUUUUGUAUCCUCGUAGAGAGGAUUGGGUCACCAAACAGAUUGAAUUCACAGCCCCUUCUGGCGGCACUGCCACCAUCACCUUGCGCAGAAGAUAUUCUCGCCCAACCUCUCCUCUAGACGCCACCGAUGAGUCGUCCUACAAAUCUCAGCUCAAAUCCUUCAGGAGAACCGGGCCACUUUACCGUCAACAACGCUGCUACCAGGAAGCCCUCCUGGGAACCCGGGUGAUUAGCUUCACCUCGGCGGCCAUCACCGUAAACUGCAGACGGCAUAACCAGUGUACAGGGGACUUUACUUCCCGGUAUAAGAGGAACAAUGUCUUUGGAGGCUUGGUGUGUGCAUAUGAAGACCCGGCGCUUCAUAAGAAAUACCUUGCCAAAUACUCUAGGACCAAUGUUUUUGAUGGCAUGCUAUACACGGGCAAAGGGCGAGAGGACACAGCCAUGUGGCUGCAGGCUGUCAUGCAAUACACUGCGCGCGACAUGACCGUCCACCCCAAAGACAAGCUCUCGGGCAUCGCUGGCCUGGCCAGCAUGACCUCGAUGGCCCAGAAAUUCCAGUAUUUUGCGGGUCUCUGGACGAGCAACCUGCAUGAAGGGCUGCUGUGGGAGGUCAGAUUGCGUCCGGGACAGACAAGCGCUACCAGAAUCACGUUCUCAUUCAAGAAGCAAAAGGCGCCCACCUUCUCCUGGGCCUCUGUCGACGCUGGGGUUUAUUACACGGAGCCGUGGAACGGGUUCUUCAUGCCCGAUGCCACGAUAGUUCAAGCUUGCUCCAUGUCCAAGCCUCACGACCCUUUUGGUGACGUUGACGGGGGUUAUAUCAAACUGGAAGGCCGCCUUAUAAAAUGUGAAGUCAGCCAGACGCUCUCGGGCAUCGGGGCAAAAGGCAAGUUGAGCGUUGCUCACUUUGACAUGGAGGAAAAAGAAGAGGGUCUCGAUACCCCCAAGACCAAACGGGUUCCUUUUGUUGCCGACGGCUCGCUCGUCAUGGUUAAGAAUAGAAAAGCGAUACGAGGCCUAUCUCGCAAGAGGAAGAAAGCUUAUUCAAAUCGUGCCUGUCGCAAGAUCAACAAGCGUAAGCUGAAAUCCGAGCGCACCCCCUGGCGCAAUGUCACGUUCUUGACGCGCAACCACUACGAAUUUCGCAAAAAGUCGCUCAAGCAUGACCAGAAAAAGAUCCUUGGUGCUGCAUACGUAUUGUGUCUUGGGUGGAGGGGGGUAUACAACUACGAUACUGAUCGCCAUGAGCAUCACAAUUUCGAGGGGCUGGUGCUGACCCCUUCAUUGCGGUAUCCCGGAGCUUUUGAAAGAAUCGGCUGCAUCAGAAACGUUCCUGCGGCGAUACAUGGAGGUGGUGAACGCAAAACUAUUACUUUGGUGUAGUUUUGGUGGUCCUUCUCCAUUGUGAGGCUUCUUGAAUAGGAGUUGGGCGUUGUUAGACGGUGUUUGGGCAGGGGAGGUAUGUUUUUUUUUUUUUUU